AGGCAAAAAUUUUUGUUUUCUUUAUUGUUUGGGCUACAAUGGGUUUGUGGAAAAGUGACAGUUACACUAUAAACUGGAACGCACUGAGUCACUCUGUUUCUCUCUCUACAAACUCCACGGCACAGAUCCGAGGAGUUUGGGAUUCAGAAAACCCUAAUUUUAUCAUCAGAAGUAUACUGUUCCGCUUUCGCCCGGCCACCUCUAUUACUCUCUCAGCAAAUCGCGUUUAGCUCUCUUCUCAAUCAUCAACACUCAGGUAAAACCAGCUCGCCGCGCUUUUUUGCUCUUUGUGUUUGUUGUGUUGCAUUCUCAGUUCUUAUCGUUGUUUGGAGUUCUGGGUUGAUUUGGUGAUGGAGAGAUCUGUCAGAAAGAUCGAAUUUUUUUUUUUUAAUGUCCGACAGUUUGGGUGUUGAAUUUUUCGAGGGAAAACAGGAGUGUGGAUUGUGGCUUAUUCGGGUUGUGAUUUCCUGGGUUUGAUUGGGAAAUAGAUAUUGUUUUCUUUCUGAACUGUGGUUGAUCUAUUCAUUUAACGUUCUGGCUCUUGAAUUGGUAGUGAGAUUAUGAUGUUAAUUUAUUCACAGAGUUUCCUCAUUAGCUGGCUUGAUUGUGACCUUCGAUAACUGUUCUAACUUCUAACUAUAACUAUCUGAUGCUUGGUGGGUAAAUAUCUGAUGUAAUAUUGGACUGUGGCAUGAGAUGACGGAUUCAUCUCUAAAUAGUGUUAGUUAAGAUGAUGUCUUUUAUGUGUGGUGAGUGGUGUUUCGUUGGUUUGAUACUCUGACGAAGCGGGUAAAACAGUCUCUGGUGUUGCACUUUGUAAUUUUCUUUGUAUCAGAUGGCUGUUUCCCCUUAUCCCUAGCUUCGCCAGAUAUAGAAGCAGAAGUUUAAUGCUUGUAAUCCUUAUGUUAUUUGGUUUAUAAGUUUGGCUCUUCUGCGGCGCUUAGAAUUUCUGCUCUUCUUGCUAGAGUGUUUUAUAGUGAAGUAUGGUGUGCUUAAAGAUGAUGACUUUUAUGUCUGGUGGUGGGUGUUUCAUUGGCUUGAUAAUCUGGGGAAGCAAGUGAGCACCUUGCCUUUUUCUUUGUAUCUGAGGGCUGUUUACCCCCUAUGCUCAGCUUCUCCAGAUAUAGAUGCAGAAGUUCAAUGCUUGUAAUCCUUUUGUUGUUUGGCUUACAAGUUUGGCUCUUCUCUGACACUUAGAAUUUUUGCUCUUCCUGCUCUAUAGUAGUAAGUAACCUAGAAUUGUUUCAUUUUGCUGUAGUCUCUGCUUCAGUUAUAUUGUCAUGUGCUAUUUUUCCACUGUCGUUAUCAUUUCACUUCGAUAUGCGAGUAAAAUAAGUAGUUUUCUGUUUUGCAGUUAUGGCAGGUGAGGCACCAGAAGGCUCGCAGUUUGAUGCUCGUCAAUUUGAUAAGAAGAUGACUGAGCUGCUCUCAAGUGAUGCGCAAGAUUUCUUCACUGCGUAUGACGAAGUCUAUGAAAGUUUUGAUGCAAUGGGAUUGCAAGAAAAUCUGCUUAGGGGUAUCUAUGCUUAUGGUUUUGAGAAGCCAUCUGCCAUCCAACAGAGGGGUAUUGUCCCUUUCUGCAAGGGACUUGACGUCAUUCAGCAGGCUCAGUCAGGAACUGGGAAAACAGCGACUUUCUGCUCUGGAAUACUGCAGCAGCUUGAUUAUAAUAUAGUCCAGUGCCAAGCACUCGUCCUGGCUCCCACUAGGGAACUUGCUCAACAGAUUGAGAAGGUCAUGAGGGCACUUGGAGAUUAUCUUGGGGUGAAGGUUCAUGCUUGUGUUGGUGGGACCAGUGUUCGCGAGGACCAACGUAUUCUCCAAGCUGGUGUUCAUGUUGUUGUCGGUACCCCUGGUCGUGUAUUUGACAUGUUGAGGAGGCAGUCCCUUCGUCCAGAUUACAUCAAGAUGUUUGUUCUUGAUGAAGCUGACGAAAUGCUUUCCCGUGGUUUUAAGGAUCAGAUCUAUGAUAUCUUCCAGUUGCUUCCUGCCAAAGUCCAGAUAGGCGUCUUCUCUGCCACUAUGCCCCCUGAGGCUCUCGAGAUCACCAGGAAGUUCAUGAACAAGCCGGUCAGGAUCUUGGUCAAACGUGAUGAGCUAACCUUGGAAGGUAUCAAGCAGUUCCAUGUCAAUGUCGAGAAGGAAGACUGGAAGCUCGAGACCCUCUGUGAUCUCUAUGAAACCCUAGCAAUCACCCAGAGCGUCAUAUUUGUUAAUACAAGACGCAAGGUCGACUGGCUCACUGACAAGAUGAGAGCGCGUGACCACACCGUCUCAGCGACUCAUGGUGACAUGGACCAGAACACCCGUGACAUCAUCAUGAGGGAGUUCCGGUCUGGAUCUUCCCGUGUCCUGAUCACCACCGAUCUCCUGGCUCGUGGUAUCGACGUGCAGCAAGUGUCUCUCGUCAUUAACUAUGAUCUGCCGACUCAACCAGAGAACUACCUCCAUCGUAUUGGAAGAGGUGGAAGGUUUGGGAGGAAGGGUGUUGCCAUUAACUUUGUGACUAAGGACGAUGAGAGGAUGCUGUUUGACAUCCAGAAGUUCUACAAUGUUAUGAUCGAGGAGCUGCCUUCCAAUGUCGCCGAUCUCCUGUGAAGAGAGUACCAAGUGGAAAUAUUUUGGUGUUGCGUUGAGAAGGAAGGAAGAGAAGAGGUUUCUCAUCUUUUCUGUUCUUAUUUAUGCAAGCGCUGUUCUUAACUUAUUGCUGUCCUCUCCUUUUCAGUUUUUGGUUAUUUUUGUUUUAAUUCCUAGUCGUAAUCUUAAGCUUCUCAAGACGUAUCUGACUGUUUGAAUCAGACGAUGAUGAUGGGUCAAGUGCACUAUCUAGAAAAGGUCUUGUUUAGUGUUCUUUAGGGGGGUUCAUACAUAUAUAAUAUGUUCUUGGGAGGUAAUUUUUGCAGUGGUUAGCUUCUACUUUCUGGGGAUUCUAGUUUUUUUUUGUCAUGGUUUGGAUAAAUGUAUUGAAGGCACUCUAUUAGUUAAUCCAGCAAGGUUUGAAUAUUUUUAUUCAUACUCAUUCGUCCUUAUUGUAAGCCAUGAUCUGAAGAAUAUUUAAUCUUAGUUCCCGUUUGAUUGUAAUGGGUAUCACUUGAGCUCUCGAUCUUUGAGAGUAUAAUUUGAAUGAUUCGGUUUUGAGUGAUAUGAUUUGAGCUUAGUACAAGUGUUUGAGUUGACAAGGUAUGGAUUUGGAACUUCUUAAAACCAUAGAAAACCCAAAAUGCAACGCAGCAAAUGCUAACGAUCUAUUUUUUGUUCAAAGCAACUCAAAGCAAAAAUACCAUGGAUUUGAAACUUCUUAAAACCAUGGAAAACCCAAAAUGCAACACAGUAAAUCUAGUUUUUGUUC